AGGAGGGGACAGCAACAGCUCUACCAGGAGAGUUCUUAGCCACUUCCUUAGCUGUCUGUCAGUCCGCAGAGCAGCUCCAGUGUCCUCAGCUUCUGUGGUUCCUGGGGACUAGUGCAGAUUCCCAGGAGAUCAGAGAUGUCCACAGAAGACGAAGAAGAAAAGCUCAUCUAUGAGGCAGUGUUAAAUCAUUUCAAGAGCUGCAGAGUGGAGAUCUCACAUGCAAUAACGCACACAUUUCCUUUCCUUCAUGGCCUCCGUGACCGUGGACUCAUCACGGAUAGAAUGUUUCAGGAUGCUGAAGAAUCUUGUUUCAAAAAGGUGCCUGUUGAAUAUGUGGUGUACAAUCUUCUGGGGACACUGGAGAAGUUUGACGAGACUGUUUUCGAGGCAGUGUUCAGCGAGGUCAACCUGCAGGAAUACCCCAAAUUAGUUCCUGUUCGUAAAAGCUUUGAAAUUGAAGUCAACCGCAAGCUUCAAUUCCAGAACAAUGUCAGAGGCCACAUAGAGGAGAAUUCCAGGAUUCAGCUGCCCCUGGAACAAGGUAACAAGCAUUUCUCACUUGUAGAGGGAACGGAGCCAGCUGGGUUCUGGACAGAGAGGAUAAGCCAGGGAUGGAACGUGGGAGGACACGGAGAAGGUCAGGGACACGAGGGAGGACAUUGAGAAGGCAGCCGAGGUCAAAGUGGAGGAAGCCAGACUUGCACAGCUGAAACACCUGGAAACAGUAGUGCUAGAGAACCUUCCAGACAGGAGAGCUAGGGGUGGAGCCCUGAAGGGCUCAGAAGCAUGGCCCGUGGCCAGCGUUAAAGAGGAGCCCAGAUGAAAAGUUUCCACUAUCUGGUCUUUGUCCUCUAACACACAGCAUCUGAAUAUGUUAAACUGGUAACACGUGUGACUCCAUAUCCUUGAUAACUAUCUGUGUGUGCAGGUGCCAGGAACAGGGAGGGAUGAAUGGAGGAGGAGAAAGGGUUCAAGGCUGCAGGGUGUGGGCAGGGCUCCCUGAGGGAUCCCCAGGCACGUCGGGAGUGGAGAGCAAAGGGAGACAAGGAGAACCCUGCAGCUCACAGCCCACUGACACAGAAUAAAACGGAUGAUUUGAUGUACCGAGCAUAUAUAGCUCUUCAUAUACUUUUUGUGGUAAGAACACUUAAAAUCCGUUUUCAGUAAUUUUUAAGAAAACGAGAUGCUGUUGUGAAGCACAGAUGAGCUCUGUGAUGGUCCUCUUGUACCUGGCUUGUUUCCCUCAGUGUUGUGUCCUCCGGGUCAUGUGGGUUGAUUCAGGUGAUAGGAGCUUCUUCCUUUUGAGGCUGAGUCGUAUUCCUUUGUGUAGAUGUCAUCUUUGCGCAUUCCUCUGUCGCCGGGCACUUGGGCUGACUUCACGCCUCGACUUCUGUGUCUAAUACUGCUCUGAACGGGGGAGUGCAGGCACCUCCGUGACAUAUUGACUGCAUAUACUUGGGAUAAAUAUCCAGGAGUGUGACUGCUCUGUCUUACGUAGUUGAUGUGUGAUUUUCAAGGAAUCUCCAUUUUGUUUUCCAUGAUGGCUGUACUAUUUAUAACCCAGCCAGCAGUAGCACCGGGGUUCCCGUUUUUAGACAUCACCACCGGCAUCUGUCCUCUCAUGUCUUUCUGCUAAACACCAAAGCAGCCAGCGUGAAGUGACAUCUUCUCAUGAUUUUACGUUAUGUUUCCCGGGUGGUUAGUGGUGCUGUGCAUUUCCCAUUUACACGUUGGUCACUUGUAUAGGUCCUUUUGUGCAGGACUUUUUUGAUAAUAAAAUACCCAUUAUUAAUUUAUUAUUGAGUUGCUUAAGUUAGUUCCAUCAUUUGGGUCUCAGUCAUUUAGCAGAUAGAUUUGCACAUGUCUUCUGCCAUAGUGUAGGUUGUCUCUUACCUGUGGGUUAUUUUCUUGACUCUACAGAG